AUGGCUUCGCGUCGCAGUGAGCAGGACGCAGUUGCAGCCGGACAGAGCUGGCAUGCUCCCGUGACGAGCGCUUUGGUGAACACGGGUGUUUACAGCGCGGCUUUGGGCUUGACCGCGUAUCGUCUCAUUCGGGGCGAUCUGGGUUCGUCCGACCGUGAUAAAGACGCAGUCUCGGCUCGAAAAGGUGCUAAUCCCUUCGACAACCCUCAUCAAGAUAGUGCCGAUUCUAGAGCGACGACCUCUUUGCCCGUAGAGUCUUCACAGGAUUGUGUUCGAAUACGACCACUCAGUACCUCUUCUGAUCGGCCACCGCCUUAUGAAGUGCUAAACGGACGCCAGAGGGAAGAGACUGUGAAGGUGGAUGAGGAUGAGGAUGAGGAUGAGGAUGAGGAUGAGGAUGAGGAUGAGGAUGAGGAUGAGGAUGAGGAUGAGGAUGAGGAUGAGGAUGAGGAUGGGGUUGUCACAGGAGAUGAAGACCGUGAGAUUGGUAUGGAGGCAGACGAGGAUAGUGAGAGUCUCUUUGAGGCAGUGACACCAAAGAUCCUCACUCCUCACCAAUCUCAGCAUUCUACACUUCGGUACAGAUCCCCACGUUUCUCUCACCACCACAGUGGCACUCGCAAGACGCGUUAUCGUGUCCACAUGUCAUCUCUCUCUGCAUCUUCCUCCUUCUCGCGUUCCGUUGACGUCUCUCCGCGCGACAGCCGUCAAUCUGAUCAGCAGUCGUCGCUCAUCCUGGGAAGUCCGGACGAGUCAUCGGAUGAGGAAGCACUUGAACCAGCACAAGAAUCGAUCAAUCGCAGACUCGACCUGAUGGCUUUCAAACUUCAGGAUCUAGUAAUUGAAGGUCAGGCUGCGCUUGCCUCACGAGUCUACGUCCUAGAUUCACGGUCAGAGCCACGGAGGACGAGGCGGGAACAUGCCAAGGUUAAUUCAGAAGAGCUCGAUGUCCGGUUGGACCGAUUAUCCAACCCGCGCCAUCGUCGCCGCGAAGUUCAGACUACCGCCGAGCUGAGUAGUCCGAUUAGAUAG